AUGGCAGCUGUGCAACGUGCAGUGGCAUAUGGAUGUUUGGCUCUAUGCUUCAGCUUGGCCUGUGUACAAGCACCACCUGCCAUCAGUUUAAACUCUGCCUUUGCUCAGGCGCUCCCUCCUCGCAGAGCUCACAGCGUCGCCGUGGCCGGUGGACCCGCUCGCCGUUGCCGGACACGACGGAGGACAUCUACGGUGGCGGAGACAGAUGUUGCAAAGCCAACAAAUCGCACACCUUUGUGGACCCUGAAAGUCACCCAAAUGCUGUUGUUUGCAGCAAAUGUGUGCUUGAUCCGAUUUAUCACAGUGUACUAUCAUGAUCUGGGCUUGAGUCGAAAGCUGAUGGGCAUCCUUUUGGUUUUGAUGCCCACCAUGUCGUUCCUUGGGGGCUUAUUCUGGUCAGUGAUUGUGGAUCGCACCGGCUCCUAUCGAGGAGUCCUUACAACCACAAGCCUGCUGGGUGUCACAACAAUCUUUGGAUAUUUAUUGCCGCAGGCUGCAACCAGCUUGCCCCUCUUGGUGCUUAUCACCUUGCUGCACGGGUUCUUCACUGCUCCAGCUGGCCCCAUUGUCGAUGGCCUCUGCCUGAAGGUGCUCUCUGAGCAAAAAGUGUCAAAGGAGGCAUAUGGCGAUCAGCGCUUGUGGAGUGCUGUGGGUUGGGGCGCUAUGGCUUUGGUGGCUGGAAAGCUGGUGGACAUUUACGGCACGAAGUGCAUCUUCUUUUGCUACGCCAUCCUCGUGGGCCUGAAUGUCCUGGUGAUCCAACUCUUCAUCCACGAUAGUGACGAUCACGGGCCUGUAACGAAGAGACCUCAGGUAUCCUUGAGGCAAUGGUUGCAAACGCUGUUGAAAUUUGAGCCGAUGUGGAUGCUUACCAACCUCUUGAUCUAUGGUGUCUUGGUGGCUCUCAUCGAGAAUUUCUUGAAUGUGUUUAUAGUGCAGGACUUCGACCAUGCGCCGAAGGUGAUCUUGGGUGCAGCCACGGCCGUGAUGUGCGCAUUCGAGAUUCCCGUCUUCAAAUACAUUUCCAAGUUAUGGACCGAGCGUGGCUACAGUCUGGUCGCUGUGCUCGGCUUUUCGGAGCUUGUCAUGGCAUUGCGGUGCUUCCUUUACGGAAUCAUCCCCAGAAAUCAGCCUUGGCUGGUUCUCUUGGUCGAACCGCUCCAUGGCUUUACCUUCGCUGCUGCUUGGUGUGCCACGGUGACCUACGCCUCACGCCUGGCCUUGCCGGGGACUGAAGCUAAGAUGCAGGCACUGAUCAACGGCUUGAAUUUCAACGUGGCCUUUGCAUUGGGUUCAUUUGCUUGGGGAUGCGCAUCCCAAAAUCCUCCAGCUGGGCUUGGCUUCACGCGGUGCUUCUUCUUGGAUGCGGCUCUCACCGCAGGGUGGUUAGCAAUUUGGGCCAGUGGUUUCGCAGCAGCGCGUUACAUUUCUGCGAGGCGGAGGACACGUCGCUAG